GCCCGGAUCGUGCGGGGCCCGAGCCUCUCCGCCGGCGGAGGCUCCGCUCGCGCCCGCCGCCAUGUCCGCCACCAUCGAGCGGGAGUUCGAGGAGUUGGAUGCCCAGUGUCGCUGGCAGCCACUGUACUUGGAAAUUCGAAAUGAGUCCCAUGACUAUCCUCAUAGAGUGGCCAAGUUUCCCGAAAACAGAAAUCGGAACAGAUACAGAGAUGUGAGCCCAUAUGAUCACAGUCGUGUUAAGCUGCAAAAUACAGAAAAUGAUUAUAUUAAUGCCAGUUUAGUUGACAUAGAAGAAGCGCAAAGGAGUUACGUCCUAACACAGGGUCCACUUCCUAAUACAUGUUGUCACUUCUGGCUCAUGGUUUGGCAGCAAAAGACCAAAGCAGUUGUAAUGCUGAACCGAACUGUAGAGAAAGAAUCGGUUAAAUGUGCACAGUACUGGCCCACAGAUGACCGAGAGAUGCUGUUUAAAGAAACAGGAUUCAGUGUGAAGCUCUUGUCGGAAGAUGUGAAGUCGUAUUACACAGUACAUCUGCUGCAAUUAGAAAAUAUCAAUGUAAGACUUUUCUGGAUCAUGAUAUAUUUGGAAUUACUAAACCUAAAUGUUAAAACACGACUUAAAAAAAAAAAGAUUCAUUUUAGUGGUGAAACCAGAACAAUAUCCCACUUUCAUUAUACUACCUGGCCAGAUUUUGGAGUCCCUGAAUCACCAGCUUCAUUUCUCAAUUUCUUGUUUAAAGUGAGAGAAUCUGGCUCCUUGAAUCCUGACCACGGGCCUGCGGUGAUCCACUGUAGUGCAGGCAUUGGGCGCUCUGGCACCUUCUCUCUGGUGGACACCUGUCUGGUCCUGAUGGAAAAAGGAGAUGAUAUUAACAUUAAACAAGUGUUACUGAAUAUGAGAAAAUACAGAAUGGGACUUAUUCAGACACCAGAUCAACUCAGAUUCUCAUAUAUGGCUAUUAUAGAAGGAGCGAAGUGUAUAAAAGGAGAUUCAAAUAUACAGAAACGGUGGAAAGAACUCUCAAAGGAAGAUGUAUCUCCUGCUUUUGAUCAUUCAUCAAACAAAAUAAUGACUGAAAAGUACAAUGGGAGCCGGGUAGUUCUAGAAGAAGAGAAGCUGGCGGGUGACCGAUGUACAGGGCUUUCAUCUAAAACGCAAGAAGCUGUGGAGGACAGCGAGAGUGUUCUACGGAAACGCAUGCGAGAGGACAGAAAAGCCACCACGGCGCAGAAGGUGCAGCAGAUGAAACAGAGGCUAAAUGAGACUGAACGAAAAAGGAAAAGGCCAAGAUUGACAGACACCUAAGUAUUCAUGACUUGAGAAUAUUCUGCAGCUCUAAGUUUUGAACCAUUGAUGUGCAAAGCAAGACCUGAAACCCACUCCGGAAACUGAAGUGAGGCUUGCUAAAACCUGUAGAUUGCCUCACAGUUGUCUGUUUACAAAGUAAACCUUACAUCCAGGGAAUGAAGAGCACCCACCAGCAGAAGACUUUGCAGAACCCUUUAAUUUCAUGUACUGUUCAAUGUUUUUUAAUGCGUGUAUGAAAUGUAGAAAGUUGUAAAAGAAAUAAAUUAGGAGAGAUUACUUUGUAUUGUACUGCCAUUCCUACUGUAUUUUUAUACCUUUUUGGCAGCAUUAAAUAUUUUU